AUGAACUACAUCACCCCAGCCUUUCAUUUCGAAGCCCCGGACUUCACCGUGGCAACCCGCCAUGGCCCAGUCAUAAUAACCGUCCCCGUUCCCGGCGACAGCCUCAAAACAAUCGAAUCCAAAAUGGAACAUGUCAGCAACGUCAUUCUACGGCACGGCCGUCUCCAGAGCUACCGCAGCCCCUCCACCGAAGCCCUAAACCGCUGCAACAGAUCCCAAGACGCCGCAACCACCGCCAGGGUCGAAAUGACCGAGCUCGGAAAGAUCAGCUUCGACGCCGACUGGCUGAAUCCAGCUUCUCCAUUCCCACCAAGCCAAAUCCAAACCCUCCCAGGCCCUUUCGAGCCUGAUACCGCACAUUGGUACGGUACACUCCUCCCAACCAUCCGUUCUAUCUGGGAUUCCCCUACGACCACUAUCUACAAUGCGGCGUGGAUCCUUGAGGAGAGCUCGGCACGUUUCUUCGUUACGGCCAUGGCGAAGUACUUCGCGGUUCACGGGCCUAUGGAGGCUGAGAAAUAUGGUAUGAGGCGAAUGAGGCGAGGGGUGAUGAGAUUUGGCUCUUGA